CACACACACGCACGCACGCACACACACACUGUUAGACUUGCAUUCACUGUGGUCAUUUCCCUCUGGGUAAUAACACCGCGGUUGUAUUUCUACUUGGUAACAAGGUUAUUUAUUUACGCACUGUUGAUCCCAUGGCCAAGGGAAACGAAGACUCUGUGAAGGGCUCGUGGAAAAAGCAAGUCGAUGAUAUCAAGAAGAUUUUUGAGUUUAAGGAGAUUCUCGGGACUGGUGCUUUCUCAGAAGUGGUUCUUGCCCAGGAGAGGGCCACAGGGAAGAUGUAUGCGGUCAAAUGCAUCCCGAAGAAAGCUCUAAGAGGGAAAGAGAGCAGCAUCGAGAAUGAAAUCGCUGUGCUCAGGAAGAUCAAGCAUGAGAACAUUGUUGCACUUGAGGACAUCUAUGAAAGCUCCAACCAUCUGUACCUCAUCAUGCAGCUUGUGUCAGGAGGAGAGUUGUUUGAUCGGAUUGUGGAGAAGGGCUUCUACACUGAGAAAGAUGCCAGUGCUUUGAUCAAACAAGUUCUGGAUGCAGUCAACUACCUUCACUCACUGGGCAUAGUGCACAGAGAUCUCAAGCCAGAGAAUUUGUUAUAUUUCAACCCUCAUGAUGAGUCUAAAAUAAUGAUUAGCGACUUUGGCCUGUCAAAGAUGGAGGGAGCAGCAAAUGACAUCAUGUCCACCGCCUGUGGGACUCCAGGAUAUGUUGCUCCAGAGGUCCUGGCACAGAAGCCCUACAGUAAAGCAGUAGAUUGUUGGUCUAUUGGAGUUAUUUCUUACAUAUUGUUAUGCGGCUAUCCUCCUUUUUAUGAUGAGAAUGAUUCCAAACUAUUUGAGCAGAUCCUUAAGGCUGAGUAUGAAUUUGAUUCACCCUACUGGGAUGAUAUCUCAGACUCAGCUAAAGAUUUCAUCAGUAACCUGAUGCAGAAGGAUCCAGAGAAGAGGUUCACAUGUGACGAGGCUCUUCGGCAUCCCUGGAUAGCUGGAGACACGGCCCUUUGUAAGAACAUUCAUGAGUCAGUCAGCCGGCAGAUGAAGAAAAACUUUGCUAAAGCCAAAUGGAGGCAAGCGUUUAACGCUACAGCAGUGAUCCGACAUAUGAAGCGCCUGCAGCUGGGCAGCAGUUUAGGCAGCAGCAUGGACACCUCCCUGCACAGGACUGAGAACCAAGCACCCAUGCCUGUCAAAAGCCAGUCUAUCGAUGUCUCCUCCAUCAACCACAAGGACUAUGUGUCCCGUAGAGUCUCCAACACAGGGGCGACGGAGAAGCGAUGCACGCGGCCUUCCACCGUCACCACCAUCAUCACUGGGUCCAAGUGAAACCGCUUUCUCAGAGGGCCAUUUGAAGGCUACUGUACUUUCACAAUUCCUUGGUCACUUCUUGCCACCUUCAUGCACCUUGUUCAAUCCUUGUUGUGCUAGUCACCAGUCAGUAGCACACAGUUCUGCAUGACGGUAACAGAAUAACAGCGGGUGCAAGUCCUACUUGAGAAGUUUAACCAAGUCAGUGAUGUGAUGGAAGACUCUACUAUUGAUCAGCACUCCUGCUGAAGACCUGAGUGGGACGUCCUCUGGAUUUCGGGGCUGUGUCUGCUUGGUGGAUUCAUUCAUGAAGUGAUUCGAUAUGGAGUUAAUGACAAUUUAAAGCUGCUUUAAGAAGCAUGGAAUAAACAGCAAGUAGAGGAAUUGUAUAGAGUUGCUUUAAUAUGGUCUAUAGUUCAUUUCAGCUGGUCCUUGGUUUCUUCCGUUAUAACUUAUCGAGCAAAUAAAACACCAUUUCCACUAAAUCUGAAUGUAAAGUUAGAUGAUUAUGUAUAGCAGAGACUCUGGUUUUCUGUUGGUUCUACCUGUAUUUUGAGGUGAUUUCCUGUUGUGGUUCUGUGAUUGUGCUCAUAAUCAAAUGCCAAUACUCAAGAGACUUAUUGUUUCUUUUUUUUUUUUAAUCGUGUUCCAGGAUAGCAGUAAUUCAUUCAUUUGUGGGUAAAAUCUGUCAAGAAAUUUGACUCAAAUGAUUAGAGCAUGGAUAAUCCUUAUUAUAUGGCUAAACAGACCGCCAAGCCCCAAAGCAUUGUUCUGUACAGCCGAUUAUGUGUCAAGUGAUACUUGCUCAAUAGCGUUGCCGUGUUAGUUGUGCUGCAAUGGAUAUGAAAAGUCUACACACCCCUGUUAAAAUGGCAGGUUUUUGUGAUGUAAAAAAAGAAACCAAGAUAAAUCGUGUCAGAACUUUUUCCACCCUCAGUGUGAAAUUACAACAGAAACAUUUUAGGGAAAACUAGGAAAAAGGUGUGCACACUUAUGCAACUAGGUUGUUGUAAGUUUUUUCUUUUUUCCCUAAAAAAGUUUCUGAUUGUUUUUCACUUUAUUUGUGUCCAUUGCAAUUGCACAUUAAAGGUGGGAAAAGUUCUGACAUGAUUCACCUUGGUUUCAUUUUUACAUCAUAAAAAACCUGCCAUUUUAACAGGGGUGUGUAGACUUUUUAAUAUCCGUUGUACAUGAAACGAUAAAAGAACACACUUGAUUAUCUUUUGGGUUUUUUUCCCCUUCAUCUGUGCUUAAACCCCAGCUUGUAAUGCAGUACUGAAAUAUACAGGGUUUUUCUUCUCAGUGUGUGGGUAUUGAUGAAAAUAUUUAGUGUGAUUUGUUCGAACAUUUAACAUUCUCUUAAGAGACUUGCUAUAAAAUGUUAUCAGAGAGGUGUAUUUUUAAAUGUAAGUGACACUAUUUAUUUAUUUGCCACAGAUUGUUUUUUUCAUCUUACUGAAAUGUAUCAAUGCUUUCAGAAAUACAUUUAAAGGUGGAUGGCAGUGAUUUAUGUUAUACACCAUUUUUAUUAUGUUUUGUUAUUAUUUUUUAUUCAAGAGUAAUGAAUCAUGAAGGAGAAAUCAAUUCUUGUCACUCAGCAAAAUGUAAGUCUUCACCUAGUGAGGAAUCUCUAAGUGAAGUCGAUUUGCUUGAGUAAGUAUUUAAUAAAAAAAAAUAUGUUGCUUUG